GAUGGCUGGACCAGCGUCGGCGGAGGCAAGAAGGGGAAGAAGUUCCAGACGUACACGUACUGCUCGUGCGGGCAUUGGACGUACGAUCGUCUGCUGGCUCGCCGCGGCUUCUGCGUGGGUUGCGGCACGGCCAUGCAACCUACUGGUGGUGGGAAGAGUGGUGCAGGAGGAGCCAACGGAGCUCCCAGCGGUGGCGGCGGCGGUGCGUCUGGUGUGGAUCCCGCGGCAGUGGCAGCGGCCAGGAAGGCGGCCGCACUGCUGCCCCCCGCUGCUGCAGCCGAGUUGCUUGCUACCCUCAAGAUCAAGCCAGAUCCUCCCCCACCGAUGCCCCUCGGCGAGGCCGAGAUCAGCUCCGCCGAGGCCAAGAAGCGUGCUGCUACCCGUGCGGUCCAGCAGGCCAUCGACGCCCGCCUCCGCCUCGAGGAGCAGAUCGCUGCAGCCGACAAGAAGGUCGACGAAGCUAUCAAGAAGGAGGAGGAGGCCCAGCAGGCCGUCGAGCUGGCUGCCCGCAACCUCGCUGCGAGGGUCCUCCCAACGCCCGAGGAGACGCUGCCUUCAUCGGGCUCGGUGCUGCACAUCGGCGCGCUGCUGGAGGAUCCUGACUCGGUGCGGCUGGAUUUCGGCGAAUCGAUCGAUGUCACGGGCCCCGCUUUCUCGGAUGAGGACAGAGCGAAGUUCAGCAAUUUCGCCGAGCAGCAGCGCAUCGCUGCCACGGAGCUCCUUCGCAAGGCUUUCUCGGGCGUCGCCGAGCAGGCCAAGAAGCUCCAGUCCGAGUACGUAUCUUACGUCAAGCAGAUCCAGAAGAAGCGCAAGACGGAGGACGGCCAGGGCGUUGCAGUCCAGCAGCCGUCGGCCCCUCCCGCAGCGGCGGCCAGCUCCCCUGCAGGCGCUGCGGCGGAGGCCAGCCAGGAGCCUCCUGGCCCAGCGGCGCCUGCCGCCUCGCCCACGCCCGCUGAGGCCGCCGAGCUGGAGGCAGAGCGGCUGGUGUACGGGAACAUCUCGUGCUGGGGGCCCCAGGCUGAGCGCUGGCUGGCGGAGACGCUAGCAGACGUGGUGGUCUUGGUUGAGACCAGGGUGAGGGGUGUUAAGUACACCCAGAUGUGCGCUGCCGCGAGGCGGCUGGGCUGGAAGGCUGUUGGCGGAGAGGCUGACGCCACGGAAGCCUUUUCCACGUCGGCGGGGGUGGUGAUCUUCGCCCGCGCCCGACUUGGGCUCGCCUCGCUGUGCCUCGAGGCGAACGGAGGCUGGACAUCAAGUUCCUGUUCGCGCUGGUGCGUGGCCACCCUCAGGCUGCGCCGCGUCACGCUCACCAUCGUUCCGAUCUACAUGGUCUCGGGCGAGGAGUUGGGCGGCCGCAACCUCAAGUUGCUUUCUCAAGUGGGUGCUCGGCUCGGCCAGUUGGCGGGCCCUCUCUUCAUCGUUGGGGACUGGCAGUCUGUGUCCAGCGAGCUUGCGACGACUGGCUUCAUGGCGGCGCUUGGCCUGGUCGAGGUGCAGUCGGGUUUGCAGGUCACGUGUACUGGCGGCAGGGGCGCAGGGCGUGCCAUCGACUACGCCCUGGUCUCGUCCUCCUUCGCGUCGGCUGUGCAGUUUGCAGGGGUCGACGUCUCGGCCCCGUGGGGGACCCACCUCGCGCUCUCCUACAACAUCCUGGCCAACCCGAGGUCGCUCAUGGGCUGGUGUGUGGUCAUGCCGAAGGCGCUGGACAUCUUUGUCGCCUCCAACGAGAGCUACGACCUGGACUGGGACGCCGCCCUCUCUGAGGCCCGUGCCUUUCGCCAGCGCUUUUCUGCCCGUUUUACCUCUAACUUUGAGACGGCGAGCCUCGCCAUUGCAGAUCACGAUGUGCCGCAGACUGCCCUUUUGCUCGGAAGUCAGCUCGGGGAGUGGGCCCUAGCUUUGGAGUUUGUGCAUUGUGCCAAAAAAGGUAUACCUCGCUCGCAGUGGCCUCUGUACGUAGGACGAUGUCAGCAGCCUCGCCUCAAGUACGUUCCCAUCGUGCCUCGUGCCAGCGACGGCCCUCCUCUCGCUGACCGCCAUGCCCGUUUUUGGCAGGCCCUCGCUGUGCAGGCCUCCUUGCUGUUGCGUUUGGCUGAUCCCGAGGCGGACCCAUCCGAGGCAUCUACUCCGCGCGCCGGCUGCGGUGAGCAGUUCUGGAGCACGAUGCGUGGGCUUGAGGCCCUGCAGCUGCCCCCGCCUUUUGAUCCGAACGACGCGGUGGAGGGACCGAUCCUUGAGCGUUGGAUCUUUCGGCUCCGCCAGCUUCGCUCGCUGUCGCUUGACAGCCUUCAGCAGAUCGCGGAGGAGGCUAAGGAGCAGGGAGUCCAGGCUGCCCAGCGCGCGGCUGCGGCGGCCCGUGCGCGCUGGCGUUCCUGGUUGUCCGACGCUUUGGCGGGUUCUGCCAGCAAAGCCCAUAGGCUCCUCCGCGAUCCUCCCGCCUUCUGCCGCGCCGAGCCUGUCUGGGACGGAGAGCCAGCCUCCACGCCCGCUGCCGUGCUAGAGGCGGAAGGCGCUGCGUGGCACGCAAUCUGGUGCAAGCACUCGCGGCCCGAGGCUUUGGAGGCCCUCGCGAGGAUCCGCCGUGCGGCUCUUUCGUCAGACUGCUUCGAGCCUGUCACUCCUGACCAG